AUGGCCACGCCUCUGCAGGACGCUCCGCUCAAGGACUUGCCGUUCUGCAACACCAGCCUCACGGCGGGCCAGCGCACCGAUGACCUCGUCUCCCGGUUGACACUGGACCAGCUCAUCGGGCAGAUGGGCCACCAGGCGCCCGCCGUCCCCUCGCUCGGCAUCCCCGCCUACAAUUGGUGGACCGAGUGCCUGCACGGCGUGUUGACCAAGUGCGGAACCAACUGUCCCACUUCCUUCCCCGCUCCCUGCGCUCUCGGUGCCGCCUUCAAUAUGAAACUGAUCCACAAGAUGGCGAGGGCCAUUUCCAAUGAAGCGCGUGCGCUCAACAACGAGGGCAUCGGUGGGCUCGACUUCUGGGCGCCCAACAUCAAGUACUCGACCCAGCCCACAAACAAGACAAGACAAGAAUCCCAACUUCGAAAUGCAAUGGUGUGCAUCAGCAUCAACCGUGACCCGCGCUGGGGCCGCAACAUGGAGGUGCCCGGCGAGGACCCUUUCAUGACGGCCCAGUACGUGGCUCACUUCAUGAGGGGUCUGCAAGAGGGUGAGGACUCCCGCUACCCGCAGGUGGUGGGCACGUGCAAGCACUUUGCCGCCUACUCGCUUGAAGCGUGGAAGGACUACGACCGCUUCAUGUUCGAUGCCAUCGUGAGCGACUACGACUUCGUUGAAACCUAUCUCCCCGCAUUCAAGGGCUGCAUUGUCGAAGGCCGCGCCCGAUCCAUCAUGUGCUCCUACAACUCGGUCAACGGGGUGCCCUCGUGCGCCAACGAUUUCCUCCUCCGCACGAUCCUGCGCGACAGCUGGAGCUUCGACGGCUACGUCGUGUCCGACUGUGAUGCCGUCGACACCAUCUACAACAACCACCAUUUCACAAAGACGCCGGAGGGGGCGUGUGCGGUGGCACUUCACGCCGGCACUGACCUCAACUGUGGCGACUUCUACCAAAAGCACCUGGGCAAGGCCCACUCCGAGGGAAGGGUUACCGAGGACGAGGUGCGUUUGGCCGUGAAGCGUCUGUUCCGUCAGCGCAUGGAGCUGGGCAUGUGGGACCCGCCCGCGGAGCAGCCCUACAAGCAGUACCCGCCGUCCGUCGUCGGCUCGCGCGAACACUCUGACCUCGCGCUGCAGGCGGCGCGCGAAUCGAUGGUGCUCCUGCAGAACCGUCGGGGCGUCCUGCCGCUGCGCAAGAGCGUGAGGCGGGUGGCUGUCAUCGGACCCAACGCCAACGCCACCGAGACCAUGCUCGGUAACUACUAUGGGUCGAGGUGCCACGACGGGACGUACGACUGUAUCGUGUCGCCCUACCUGGCCAUCAAGGCCAAGCUGCCGCAGGCUCUGGUCACCUACAACCUCGGCUGCGAUGUGGACAGCACCAACACCACGGGCAUUCCGGAAGCUGUCAAGGCCGCCCAGGCUGCCGAUGUGGCGAUUGUCGUUUUGGGACUGAAUACGUCUGUCGAAAGCGAAGGCAAGGACCGCGUGGCCAUCACGCUGCCCGGCAUGCAGGACCACCUCAUCAAGUCCAUCGUCGCCACCAACACACCCACUGUCGUGGUGAUGAUGCACGGAGGCGCGGUGGCGAUCGAGUGGAUUAAGGACCAGGUGGACGGCAUCGUAGACGCCUUUUACCCGGGCGAGAACGGCGGCCAGGCCAUCGCCGAUGUGCUCUUCGGCGACUACAACCCGGGCGACAACAAGACUGACGGGACAACACUGCUAGGCCGCCUACCGGUGACUGUGCUGCCGGCGAACUACGUGGAUAUGGUGCCCCUCACCAACAUGAGCAUGCGCGCCAGCGGCAACAACCCGGGCCGCACCUACCGCUACUACACCGGACCCGCACCACUGUGGGAGUUCGGGUUCGGCCUGAGCUACACCACGUUCAAGACUGAGUGGCUCUCGACGCCGCAACCGAGCGCGCUCAAGUCCUAUGCGAGGGACGAGGCAGUGUCGUUCCGCGUGCGGGUGACCAACGUGGGGCCGGUGGCCGGCGACGAAGUGGUUCUGGCCUUCGUCACGCGCGACAACGCCGAUCGUGGCCCGCUGAAGCAGCUCUUCGCCUUCGAGAGGGUUCAUCUCAACCCCGGUGAGUCGAAGGAGAUCUUCUUCAACACGGGACCCGACACCCUGGCGGUUGCCACCGACGGCGCCAUGGAGAAAGUCGUGCACCCCGGCAUCUACCAGGGCAAGUUGGUGCACCCCAUCGAGGUCGUCGGCCCCGCCUUCGCCUUCCCGGCCGUCUGA